AUGAGACGGUCAAACCCCACAAGAGCGAUAAGCUCAAUUCGAAACUUUGCAUCACAAUCAGCACAUCGCCGUCCAACAGCCCGGCCCCCGGCCUUCCAAAUACCUUCCUCGUUGCCAUCGCGAUGCAUAACCACCACGGCCCCACGAUACCACAAUCCUACAGCCAACUCGACAGUCGAUCCGACAGAAGUCUCCCAUUUCAAUGCGCUCGCCUCAUCUUGGUGGGAUCCUCACGGUCCUUCACGACUCCUACACCUCAUGAACCCCCUCCGUCACGACUUUAUAACGCGAUGCCGCUCCACCGUUGCCCCUCCCACGGCACAACAGAAGCUUCGCUACCUAGACAUUGGCUGCGGCGGCGGCAUCUUUGCUGAAUCAGCUGCGCGCCUCCCUACCACCACAUCCGUCACCGCAAUCGACCCCACGCCCCAAGUCCUCUCCAUUGCCGAAGCACACAAACGACGCGACCCUAUCCUGACCUCGCCGGGCAAACUCACAUACAUCAACACUUCUAUUGAGAAUCUCCCCCAGCCAGCUUCGGAUACAGAGGCUUUCGAUGUGGUGACGCUAUUUGAGGUUAUUGAGCACGUCAAUGCCCCCGGCCCGUUCCUCGAGCACGUACUGCCGCAUGUCAAGCCCGGCGGGUGGCUUGUAAUGAGCACGAUUGCAAGGACAUGGACGAGCUGGUUGCUUACAAACGUCGUUGCAGAAGAUGUGCUGGGCAUUGUGCCCAAGGGUACGCAUGAGUGGAGCAAGUAUGUGAACGAGGACGAGCUUAGGACCUGGUUUGCGAAACAGCCAGAAUGGGGCAAUUCAAAGACCAUGGGUGUCAUGUACGUGCCUGGAUUGGGAUGGAAGGAGGUUAAUGGGGGCGAACAAUGGGGAAAUUAUUUCUUUGCUGUGAGGAAAGUGGCCUGA